CCACUCUUUAAGAACAGGUUUCACAUCUAUAACUGCAUUCUAUGAGAGGUCAUUAAUCAAUCUAUACAUUUGCAUGAAGAAGAACCGUAAUCAAAAAAGUUAGGCUUACAUAAACAAGCAGUUCCACUCUGAAUUCUAUUUUCAGUAUCUGAACAUGUCAUGCAAUUUAAGGAUGAAAAUCCAUCGCAGGUCAAACAGGAAUAAUGACAUUUAGAACAAGAUGUUUGAGUAGAGAAUUAGAAUGUACUAAUCUAAAGUCCUUAUAGUUUUGUCUUACAAAGACAUGUACUCGUCGUAUCCAAAUAUCUAUCUGAAGGGCAGGAAGUACAAGUAGUAGAUGCUUGAUAGCAAUCCAAACAAAAUUUACUACAAACUAAAAAUAAUGAGAGAAUAAACUUUGGCAUUCUGCAUUUCCAAUAUCAUAAUAAUGACUUUUACAUUCACAUUCUCCUUUACUAUUUAAUUGUCUUAAUUGUAGAUCAUUGCAUUGUGUACAUUGUGUUGA